AUGGAAAAGAUUAUCAAGGCUCAUCAAACAAUUGUUGAUAAUGAAAAAAGCAUUCGUAAGAUUAGUAUUGAUAGUAAUGUCAUGAAAUUUGAUAUUUCAAAUCUCACAUCAUUUUCAUUUCCUGUUUAUCCUCAUUCUUCUCUUGUUCCAUUGUCUUCAUUGGAUAUUGAGUCUAUUACAAUUCUCAAUAGAGUCAAUGACUUUGCUUUAGACUCUCUUAACCGUUUGGCUCAAUUUGAAUAUUCAUUAAAAGAAAAACAAAACACUCUCGAGUCAAUUGUUCUUGACAAUGAACAUGCUCAAAAGACACAACGAGAUGAGUUUGAGAAACAGAAAAAUGAAAUUCUCAAUAAAGUUCAAAGUAAAAACCAACAAGUCCAGACACUUCAAAAAGAAAUUGAGAAGAUGCUCUAUGAAAUUAACACGAAAAAACAAACUAUUCAAACAAAGAACAUCCAAAUCAAUCAACUCAAAGAAAAAAAGGAGUGUGAGUUUAGAAAUUUGUUGUGUUCUACUGUCCAUUUAAACCAUACUAAAGAAUCAUCUUCUAUCCCUCCAAAACCUCCUAAACAAAAACAAAAAAGAACUAGAAAACAAACGGUACUAUUUCCAAACUUGGUGAAAUAA